AUGGGCAUAUUCGCCACCAACAUCUAUGGCCAGCCCACCCACUUUGCCCAGCUCGCCCCCAGAGCCGUAUCUUCAAACGUGCUCUCAGGCCUCGAUCCCACAGAGGUCGACUCAUCCAAUCCCAUCACCCUCUUUAUCAUCCAGCUCGUCGUGAUCCUAUGCUUCACCCAAGGGCUCGGCUGGGCCUUUGGCUAUAUGAAGCAACCCCGAGUCAUUGCAGAGAUUAUUGGAGGCAUCAUCCUCGGGCCCACCGUUAUGGGGCGGAUCCCUCACUUCUCCGAGCACAUCUUUCCCGACGCGUCCAUCACCUAUCUCAACCUCAUCAGCACCAUCGGCUUGAUCCUCUUCCUCUUCUUGGUCGGCGUUGAGGUCGAUAUCGGGGUGAUGAAGAAUCACGCAAAGGCGAGUGGACUGAUCUCGGCGGCGGGGAUGGUCUUGCCCUUCGGUGUCGGCGCAGCUGUCGCCGUACCCGUGUAUCACAACUUUGUCGACACUGAGAAUGUGUCUUUUGGCCACUUUCUCUUGUUUGUCGGUGUCGCCAUGGCCAUCACUGCCUUCCCGGUACUUUGUCGUAUCUUGACUUCGACAAAAUUGAUCGACACCCACGUGGGAGUGAUUGUCUUGGCUGCAGGUGUCGGAAACGACGUCGUCGGCUGGGUCCUCCUCGCUUUGACUCUGGCCCUUGUCAGUGCCAGAUCCGGAGCUACGGCCGUAUACGUCCUUCUCUGCGCUGUCGGAUGGUCUAUCAUCCUUCUUUGGCCUGUCAAGAAGGCGUUCCGAUGGAUUGUCAACAGGACGGGAGGUGAUGAGCAUGGGCCCACGCCGGGCACGAUGCUGUUGGCGUUGAUGAUUGUGUUUAUCUCUGCAUUCAUCACCGACAUUAUUGGCGUACAUCCCAUCUUUGGAGGAUUCAUUGCUGGAUUGAUCAUCCCGCACGAUGGCGGUUUUGCCAUCGCCUUGGUCGAAAAGAUUGACGAUCUUGUCUCUAUGCUUUUCCUUCCCAUCUACUUUGUUCUCUCCGGCCUGCAGACCGACCUCGGUCUCUUGAACUCUGGCCACAUCUGGGGCUAUACCAUCCUCAUCAUCGUGGUCGCCUUCUUGGGCAAGUUUGUUGGCUGCUGCGGUGCUGCCUUGGCCCUCAAGUAUCCUCCUCGAGAGAGCGCGGCUAUCGGAAUGUUGAUGAGUUGUAAAGGUCUCGUCGAGUUGAUUGUCUUGAACGUCGGUAAAUCCGCUGGUAUCAUCAACCAACGUCUCUUUUCCAUGUUUGUCGUCGAAGCCGUCGUCCUCACAUUCAUCACCACCCCCGCAACCCUCGCCGUCUACCCCGCUCGAUUCCACAAGUCUCUCCGCGAUCCGUCCCACGGCGCGGGCAAGAAGGACGACGACAAGGAGCUCAGCAUCACCGGGGCCGCGGCGAGUGGCGCUAGCGGUGGGAGGGAGCAUACGAGCAAGUUUUUGGUCAUUCUGCAAAAGCUGGAGCAUCUGUCUGCUGUUAUGCUUUUGACACAGAUGCUUGAACCUCCCGCGGCGAGCCAGAGAGAACCCUGGGAUGCUUCUGGACAUGUUCACGGAGAGACCAAAAAGGGGGAACAGUCGAGUGAGAACAGCUUCGAGACGCACGACGACUCGACUUUGACCGGUCACGGCAAACAUGACACGUUCCACAAUCUCUUCCACUCCAACAAAGACCACCCCGCUUCCUCUGGCCUCGAACCCCGUAUUGACGCGCUCAAGCUCGUCGAGCUCACCGGGCGUACUUAUUCGGUCAUGCAGUCUGCCGAAAAGGAUCAGUUGCUGGGUACGGACGAUGCUCUGCAGCUGUAUCGACAAUUUGGCCGAUUGCGCGGGCUGGAGAUUACUCCGCACAUCUCCAUCAUUGAGCAAGAGUGGUACCCCCAGGCUGUCGCAGACUAUGCCUCAGAUCUGAGUACCGAGCUCGUUAUCAUCCCCUGGACCGUCCCCGUCCAAGGAGGUGCCUCCUCCGACCUCAUUCAGCCCGCCACCGGAUCAUCGUCCACCGCCGUAUCCCAAUUCGACUCCAUCUUUGGCUCUGAAACCGCUGGCUCCCCAAUGUACACACAUUUCAUCAGGCGGUGCUUUGCGGAAAGCAAGAGUGAUGUCGCACUGUUUGUUGACCGAGGCUUUGGCGGUAUGGCGGGUUUCAGGCCAGGCAGCGGACAGCAUGUGUUUCUGCCCUUCUUUGGCGGGCCUGAUGACCGGUUGGCUUUGCGGUUUGUGGUGCAGCUCUGCCAGCACCAGGGUGUGACUGCAACGAUCGUGAGGGUGGAGAAGGAUGAAGAGGAGGAAGGCGAUGAGGCCGAGACGGAAGAAGGCGGCAAUGGUGAAAAGUCUGGCGUGGAAUUACACCAAGCUGCUCUUCACUCCAACCAACUCACCGUGGGCGGCCAGACCCAGUACCCCGAGACUCAAGCCCGCCUCCAGUCCGAGACUGCCGACUCCAUUGCCUGGAACUACUAUGCCUCUGCCACCGUUUCCCCGCCUCGCCCGGCUUUCGUCGAGACGGCGUUGGAGAGGAUCUCAUUCCAUUCGACCACCUCGCACCAGCCGUUGACUUAUGCGUUCACGUGUGGCGAGAGCGCGAUCAGGGCGACGUCGGCGGGGUCCAAGACGUGGAGGCCGAUGUUGAUUGUCUCUGGAAGAGGACGCCGCGGGGCGGCGAUCAACCAUGAGACAGAGUUGACUCGGGUCUUGGCGGCCAAGGGGCUUUCGCCAAGUAUCGGGGCAGAGCUGAGAAAGACGGUGGGAGAUGCGGCGGCUGGGAUGAUCCUCGGCGGGGGAGCUUUGGGCACGGCGAGUUAUCUUGUGAUGGAGGCUGGAAAGUAA